AUGGCCAACCGUACAAGCAUGCUGGAGCUCUGGCAAGCGACGAAAGUAACGAGGACUGCCAAACCAGCCGAAGCAGCAAAGGCCACACCAGCGGCCAUCAACCCUGCAUGGUAUAAGAACUUAAAGCUCAGCGACAUAACCAUUGUCUAUGGUUUCAACGGCGAAAAACGAUUCGAUGCUCACCGCUUCGUCCUCUGCAAUGCAAGCCAGUGGUUCAUGAAUGCAAGUAGUAACCCUUUAUUCAACGAGGCCCACGAUCGGACAAUUACCCUUCAAGAAGAUUACCCUGAAGCCCUCGACGCCCUAUUUGAGUUCGCAUAUAAGGGGAAAUACCAACGGGGCAUCAGAUCUACAGUGCAGUCGUUCCUACUGCACGCGCGAGUAUUUAUCGUAGCAGACAAGUACAUGGCCGACGACUUGGAGGUAUGGGCGCUCAAAAAAUUCGAAGAUCUUUGCAAGUACGAGUGUGAAUCGAGACACAUGUCUUUCUUCAAGUUUGCGGUGCAGCAGCUGUGGGAGCAUGACAACCUGCUUGGGUUUAAUCAACAACACAGCGACGAGAACGCGCGGUAUCGAAAGGAGCAGGAGGAGAAAGACCACGAAGAUUACGAAGAAAUUACGGAGUCUGAAUAUGAGAACGAUGAAGUAUACGACCAGAGCGAUCCGGGCUGGGAGAUCGAUGACGACGAGGUUGACGAGGCUGGCUACACUUCUGACGAGGGAAAGGCACUCGACAAGAUUGCGAACGAGCCGGAAUCUCAUGACCCGCUUGAUAGACUCCGUGCUGUUGUCGUCGAGUAUAUCCUCCAACUCCUGGGCCGUGGGGAAGAAGAUGAUGACCCUUUGUACUUCAAGAUACUUUGCCGAGACAUUCCCGCCUUUGCUACGGAUUUCAUGGCGACAAUGUUAUCUGGUAAGGUUCGCUUCGAGUAUGGGCCUAGAUAUUCAAGGUCGGGAAAAAGCUAA